AUGUGGGUUGCCUAUGUUAAACUGCUGUUUGCACUCGUUUUGCAAUUCAUAUCGACUCGUAGUGAAAUUAACAAACAAAACCCUUCAACUAAAGUAUUUACUGAUAACAAUACAUCAUACUUUAAUCUAUAGCUUGUCUUAUCAGUACACCAACCAAGCAACACAAAAUGCUGGAGAUAACAUGUAACGAUCGUCUGGGAAAGAAAGUCCGCGUGAAAUGCAACCCUGAUGAUACAGUCGCUGAUCUAAAGAAGCUAAUUGCCGCACAAACCGGCACAAAAUGGGAUAAAAUCAUCCUGAAGAAGUGGUACACCACAUUUAAGGAUCAUAUUCAGCUACAAGAUUAUGAAAUCCAUGAUGGCAUGAAUUUGGAGCUCUACUAUCAAUAGGCAGUGUAUUUCCAGAGAUUAAUUUAAGUUUUUCUAAUAAAAUAAUGUUUUAACUUCACCAGCAA